CAGCUCCAUCCCACUCCUUUCACUUUCUCGGGAAAAUAUUCUCUUUCCCGACUGACAGUUGUUGUUCUUUACUCCGUCAUUUUCUAGCGACAAAAUGUCUACUGGGACGGGGAAGUGCCAGAAAAUUCGCCACAUUGUCCGAAUCCGCCAAAUGCUGAAGCAGUGGCGAAGGAAAGCCCGCAUAACGGCCAGCAACAACAAUAACGGACACCCGCCGCCGUCUGAUGUUCCUUCUGGACAUGUGGCUGUCUGCGUUGGCACCGGUCUGAGGAGAUUUAUCGUACGCGCCACCUACCUAAACCACCCAAUCUUCAAAGCACUCCUCCUACAAACCGAAGAAGAGUACGGUUUCAGCAACGUAGGACCAUUAACCAUCCCAUGCGACGAGUCCUUGUUCGAAGACAUUCUCAGACUCGUCUCCCGAUCCAGCUCACCUCCCGGUGAUCUUCAGAGAUGCUGCCACGUCGGCGUGAAGAAUGAACUCGGUUUUAUCGGCGAAUCUCGACCGUUGCUUCAUGGGGUAUCCGAAAAAUCCGUCUUCUGAAAGUAUAAAGCAAAAGUAGCUUGAGUACCCAAACAUCUGGGUAGACUCAACCGCGUCAAUAGAGUUGAAGACCUAACAGUUGUUAUUUGUUUGGAGUGGUUAGUGGGUAAUUUCUCAGUAAGUUUUUCCAAGGCUAUAAUUAUAUUAGUUAAUUAUGGAGGUGGCGAAGCGGUUUAUUUUCACUUUUUACUUCUUUUACCCUGUAAUCCCACCCUUGGUUUGAC